GGCGAGUGGCAGCCGAAGCAUCCCAUCGGAGCGACAGGGAGCAGGCUGUGCGAGGAACAACGCACCAAUGUCGAUUCCGUGUGGGCGGGGCGAAAGGGCGGGCCUCCGUGUUUCGGAGUCAGAACGGAACAGUGAGGGAGCCGGUCGGAGCGCCCGCGCGCGGGGCAGUGCAUUUGCGACUGCCGCUGCCCAAAAAUGCACUCGGAUGCUGCCGCUGUCAAUGUGAAGGAAACAUCUGAAGAUUUAAAACAAAACAAGACUUCUGAGGAUUUUCAGCUGAAUUCUCAUCUAUCAACACUGGCAAAUAUUCACAAGAUCUACCACACUCUUAAUAGGCUGAAUUUGACAGAAGACGCUAGUCAAGACGAUCGCCAAACAGGAAGCCUCAGGUCUUGCAGUUCAUCAGACUGCUUUAGCAAAGUGAUGCCUCCAAGAAAAAAGAGGCGACCUGCAGCUGGAGAUGACCUAUUGGCUAAAAAGAGUAGACAUGAUGGUAUGUAUAGAAAGUAUGAUUCUGCUAGAAUAAAGACAGAAGAUGACAUGUUCUCAAGCAAGAGGUGCUUAGAAUGGUUUUAUGAAUAUGCAGGAACAGAUGAUAUUGUGGGUCCUGAAGGAAUGGAGAAAUUCUGUGAGGACAUUGGAGUUGAACCAGAAAAUGUAGUUAUGCUUGUUUUAGCUUGGAAGCUGGACGCUCAGAACAUGGGUUAUUUUACAUUGCAAGAAUGGUUAAAAGGAAUGACCUCCCUGCAAUGUGAUACAACGGAGAAGCUAAGAAAUUCUUUGGAUUACUUGAGAUCUUUAUUAAAUGAGCCUACAAAUUUUAAACUUAUAUACAGAUACGCAUUUGACUUUGCACGUGAAAAGGACCAGCGAAGUCUAGAUAUAAAUACUGCCAAGUGUAUGUUAGGACUUCUUUUAGGGAAAACAUGGCCCCUCUUUCCAGUAUUUCACCAGUUCCUAGAGCAGCAAUCUAAGUACAAGGUUAUCAACAAGGACCAAUGGUGCAAUGUUCUGGAGUUCAGCAGAACCAUUAAUCUUGACCUCAGCAAUUAUGAUGAAGAUGGAGCAUGGCCAGUGUUGCUGGAUGAAUUUGUGGAGUGGUAUAAAGAAAAACAAAUGACAUAGGAAUUUUAACUAUGCACAGCCGCUCAAGAGUCUUUGUUACAACAGUUAUGUCAACCAUUAGCCAUAAACUGCUAUUUGUAUAAAAAGCGCAUGCUGCUUUUCCUGCACUGUAUCCCAUUUUCAGGGACCUUUUGGUGUUUUGCUGUUUAACAGGCCAGCUCUGCUUGCUGUGUAGCAUUGUUCUCUCCGAAGGCUGCUUUGCAUUUUGUAUCUACACUACAGAUGGUGAACUUACCAGCAUCCUCACUGUGAUUUAUGUGUAUAUUGAUGUCUAAACUUUGUAUAUGUGUAUAAAAAAGUGCUUCACCUAGGAAUUAUUUCAGCAGAAAUGUAUUGUAAAAAUAAUUUUGUGGCAUAUUUCUAGUUGCAUUCAAUAACCAUGUAACUUAAUUUUUAAUUUUCACUUGGUCUCAGACGUAGCAUUUCAGAUAAAAUGUAACUGAUUGUUGGGGCGGUAACCAUGCAGAACUAUUGCCAGUUACCAACAUUGUUUAAGAUGCCAAUUUCUGAGAGGAGAUCGUGCAAGUAUGAUUUCUUCUAAUGCAGAUGUCCAACUUUUUGUUUAGUAAGCAAGUAUUGGCUGUCUGUCUUUUUUUCUUUUUUAAAUUGAAGCCUAGUAAAAUAGUAAUAGCUUGAAUAGAGUUGUACAUGCCACAAUGAUUUCCAUUUGGUGAUAGUGCUGACUUCCUAAUAUUCAGACUGCUGUAGCUUGCAAAUAGGUGCAGGUGAUCAAAUUAAAAAUCUGAUUAAAAAGGGUUUUAGACUUGUAAAUUGGAAUAUUGCUUUAUUUCAGUUUUGUUGUUCCCUAAGGGUGGUUUUUGUUUUGGUCUUAAUGAUAAAAGCAAAAUGAAGCCUCUUGUAAAAUUAACAGCAUAGUUUUUCUGGGUGGAUUUUAGGGUUUGGAUAUUUUUUGUUAAAUUUUACCCUAAAAUGUUACAACACAGGAAACUAAACUGGUUUCAUUCUUACUAGGGAUUGGAUUUCCCUGGCAGAAUGCCUGUUGCAGGCAAUGGGUACACUGAUCACCAGCAUUGCCAUUCAUCUGGGACCACUUUGUUUAUCUCUUUGCACAGGAAAAUUCAAGCCAUUGUUUGCUUGAGGAAGCUGGAUGGAUGGGAUUAGACAUGUCUUGUUACCUUUGCCUCAACCUUUUAAAAAAAAAUUAAAACCAAUAUUGAUUUUGACAAAAGUUUGCUAAUGGGAAAGUGCUUUUAAACUUUUAUUUUGAUCCUGGUGUAUGUUAAACCAAUGAGCCAGUGUGGUAAUUGUGGAAUUAGCAAUAAAAUAUUAGUAAGGUAUUUUGGGUAGAAAUCUAAACAUGAGUAAAAAUUCUAAAAUCUCACCAUUCUGGAUAAGCAUCAAACGAAUACAGAUCCCCUGAUUUUAUUUUUAAAUUAAUGGAUGUAUUGGCAAAACAUGCAUAGGCAUCAUUCUCCUUAGAACUGGGUAGUUGGAAACAAAGUUGCCCUCGAUGUAAUAGACUAGGAUUUGGAGGCCCAUGUACAGUAUUCUUCUCUAUUGGGGGUAGAGUGUCCCCGCUGAACUUUUCAUCCUUGCAGCAGCCGUCUCUCACAUCAUAUAUCCCCUACUCUGUCCUUAAGUGGCUCUUGGGUAUAAGGGGCUAUUGUGUUCUAAAUAAAAUGCUUUCAUCUGUUUAGCUUAUUACAUUAAACCAAAUACAAAAAUUAAUUGACCCUAUUCUUAGCUGUUUGUACAUAACAUUCAACCUGAUCUAAAGGUAUGCGACACUUCCACAAGACAGGUACAACAUCAGAUGUUUAUGAUAAGCUGCUUGCUUUAAACAACUAUUAUAUAUAUAUAUAUAUAUAUAUAUAUAUAUAUAUAUAUACACACACACACACACACACACACACACACACACACACACACACACAAUUGGUAUAGCCAUAGAAGACAUACUUGUGAAGCUCUCCCCCCCCCCAUUUUCUUGCAAACCAUUUUGCUCAUUUGCAAAACAAGCUUCCUAUCAUGUGAAGGCAGUAGCCAAAGAAAUUUAAUGUAAUCUAGUUUGGAAAUAAAAACUACUAUACACCAGAUCAAAAUUGUGACUAUCCAGUUCUUGGGACUGAUUCUCACUUUAUAUUUUGUUCUUGGGUGUGGAUACUAGAGUACAAAAUAAGAGCACCUCAUCAAAGCAUAAAGGGCAUGCAUAUUAAAGGUCUGUUAGAUGCUUUUAAAAUAGAAGCAACAUUUUAAGGAUUGGGUCCCUACUUCAGCAAACUUGAUGUAAAUACAUGUCUGUAUGACAUCAAGGGUCUGUACUUAAUGUUAAUACAUGUUUUGCUAGUAAAACAUAUUGACAUCAGCCUCAAGAUUGUAUAGAGUGGUAAUCAAACCCUCUACAUGUAGGUUUGGGAUUGUGUAGAGGUAAUCAUGUCUUGGACUGGGUCCCAAAGAGACAUGCACAAAGCAUUUCUUUGUGCAUACAGGGUUGCUGACUUACCCCAACAUUCACAUAUAUUGGAAUGCUGCCCUAAAGAGAAAUGCCCAUGCAGUAUUUUUUAAAUGUGGGGGUCUUCAACAAGAGGCUUAUUUAUUUUAUGUGCUAUAUCAAAGUAGAGAAUAAAGUGAUGAUUGGUCCUUUGGUUUGGAUGUGAAAAACAAAAAUACAGUUGUUUACUUGUGUUCUGGAUUGAUGUUCAUGUUCUCAUUUAUUUUGUUGACUUGCAUGCACAGUUAAGAAAUGGAAAGGAAGGAGUGUCGGUUACUUACUGUGAAGGCUUUUUCCUGCUGCUGGAGACUUCUUGUGGGUUAUCCUCCCCUACACUGCUCCAGAGGGCAGGACUAUGCAAAUUAGUUAGAAGUCUUUAAGUAGUCUGGGGAGAAUAGCCCACCCAGUUCUGAAUAGCCAAGUUGAGACAAAUGGAGGCAAACUAGAAAAAAUAUUGUAAGAGUGCCAUGUCAUUCCUUUUUUCUGCUAAAGUAGUCCCGGCAAUAGACCCAGGCAGCCCAAACUCCUAACCAACACUCCUUUCCCUGUUGCUGGAUGAGGACAUCUUAUGGGACAUGCCUCGGUUGAUAUUCCCAGGUGGUAGCACUGCAAAGGGAGUACCUGCUGCAAAACUCUCCUACCAAAAGUGGCCUCUGCUGAGCAAUGUAUGUCCAUCUUAUAGUGUCUGGCAAAGGCUGAUGGAGAUGACCACGUUGCUGCUUUACAAAUUUCAGCAAGGGGGCAUUAGAAGAGAAGGCUGCCAUAGUUGUGUAUGUUCUGGUAGAAUAAGCCAAAAUAUGCAGAGGGGUUGGAAGCUUUAGGGGUGUCGUAAGCCAGAGAAAUGCAUGCUUUGAUCCACUGGGCAAUGGUGGAAACAGACCUUCCUACCCAUGGAUGUAAGUGAAUAGGGCAUCACACUAAAAAAGGCUCAGUAUGUCUAAUAUAAACUUUUAAGCAUCUUUGAAUGUCCAGUUUGUGCCAGGUGUGUUCUGAAGGUGCACUUUUUAGAGGGGGGAAGGGAGCUGACUCUGGAACAGACACAGAACUAGAAGAACUGGGUGGGCUAUACUCCCCAAAGUACUUGACUUCUGAUUUGCAUAGUCCUGCCCUCUGGAGCAGCAUAGCAGAGGAUAACCCACGAGGUGUCCUUACCCAGCAGCAGGGAAUAUGCCUUUUGUUUAUGGCCCAGUUUAUGAUUUAGAACAUUAACUUGUACCAUUUAAGAGUUCCAUGUAUCUGCUCAGAAUGAUGCAAUUGUGAAUCUUGACAAUUGACACCUGACUUUUUUUCUAAUGGAGAAAAGUGUUCUGUUGGAGCCUAAAACCUUUUCCUUUUUACUUAGUGCAAUAUUUUCUGGGUAAAUGGCAAAUUUCAGUGACAUCUGUUCAUUUCACAGGUAAUUCUUAAAUCAUUGGAAUUUAAAUAGUGUAGUGUUUGAUAUGCUUUUCCUUUUCAAGGGUGGUGGUUCAAUUAGUUUGUUUGCAGAUGUUCCUGCCUUUUCUACAAAAAUGAAUCUGGCAAAAUGUAUGUGUAUGCAUUAUUCUGAUGUAAAAUAAAAAUGGUUAAUGUAA